CGUGGCCCUUCCUGCUUCAGCCUCAACUUUCUGCCUCACUCGUGUUUCCUGGCUUCAUCUCUCUCACACAGAAGAGCUCAAAAAGUGUCCGGCUGCUUUAGGAUCAACGGAUUGGAGUCGGGAUAUAUCUUUAAAUCUUCCGCGCUGGGAAAUAGGGCUCAAAACCGAAGUUUAGUUAGGUUUCUUAAAAUUGUUUUUGCUUAAAUUUACUUUUGUGGGUUUGGGUAGGAAGUAGAGACAGAAGUCUCUGGGUUAGUCUGUAUGAGUGUUUGAGAAGGAAAAAGCAGCAGGAUGAUCGCAGCUCAGUUACUAGCCUACUUCUUCACAGAGCUGAAGGAUGACAAAGCUAAAAAGAUUGAUAAGUACCUGUAUUCCAUGCGCUUCUCUGAUGAGACGCUGCUGGACAUCACCAAGCGCUUCAGAACGGAGCUGAUCAAAGGUCUGGGCAGUGACACCAACGCCACGGCCUCACUGAAGAUGCUGCCAACGUUUGUUCGCUCCAUCCCGGAUGGAACAGAGAAAGGGGAUUUCAUCGCUUUGGAUCUGGGAGGCAGUGCGUUCCGGAUCCUCCGUGUCAAAGUGAGCCACGGGAAUAAGCAGACCGUUCAGAUGGAGAGUGAGGUCUACGACACGCCGGACGAAAUCCUGCACGGCAGCGGGACAAGACUGUUCGACCAUGUGGCGGAGUGUCUCGGAAACUUCAUGGAGAAACACGACAUCAAAGACAAGAAACUCCCAGUUGGCUUUACCUUCUCCUUCCCCUGCCGACAGACCAAACUGAACGAAGGAUAUUUGAUAAAAUGGACAAAGAGCUUCAAAGCCAGCGGUGUAGAAGGGGCGGACGUCGUCCAGCUGCUCAACAAAGCCAUUGAAAAACGAGGAGACUACGAGGCUGACAUCAUGGCAGUGGUGAACGACACCGUGGGAACGAUGAUGACCUGCGGCUUCGAUGACCAGCGCUGCGAAGUCGGCAUCAUCAUCGGAACCGGCACCAACGCCUGCUACAUGGAGGAGCUGCGUCACAUCGACCUGGUGGAGGGAGACGAGGGCCGCAUGUGCGUGAACACCGAGUGGGGCGCGUUCGGGGACGACGGCAGUCUGGAGGACCUCAGGACACAGUUUGACCUCGAGAUAGACCGAGGUUCUCUCAACCCGGGCAAACAGCUUUUUGAGAAGAUGGUCAGUGGGAUGUACAUGGGGGAGCUGGUGCGUCUCAUCCUAGUGAAGAUGGCCAGAGAGGGGCUGCUGUUUGAGGGCAGAAUCACUGCAGAGCUUCUGACUAAAGGCACACUUCCGACCAAACUCGUCUCAGCAAUAGAGAAGAGUAAGGAAGGUUUAAUCAAAGCAAAAGAGAUUUUAAGUCGACUUAAUUUGGAGCCGUCUACAGAGGACUGCAUCGCUGUACAGCAUGUUUGUUCCAUCGUCUCUCAUCGCUCCACCAACCUGGUAGCUGCUGCCCUGGCCGGCAUCCUGCUGCGGCUGAAGGAGAACAAGGGAGUGGUGCGACUCAAAACCACCGUGGGCAUCGACGGCUCUCUGUACAAGAUGCACCCGCACUACGCUCGUCGCCUCCAUAAGACCGUCCGACGAUUGGUCCCCGACUGCGACGUCCGGUUCCUCCUGUCGGAGAGCGGCAGCGGGAAAGGAGCUGCCAUGGUGACGGCCGUGGCCUACAGACUCGCCGAACAGACCCAGGAAAUCGCCAAGAUUCUGUCCAAGUUCCGCUUGACGACGGAGCAGCUGCUGGAGGUGAAAAACAGAAUGAGGACAGAGAUGCAGAAAGGCCUUUCGAAAAGCACGCAGGACGUCGCCGUCGUCAAAAUGCUGCCCACGUAUGUCCGGAGCACACCUGACGGCACAGAGAAUGGGGAUUUCCUGGCUCUGGAUUUGGGGGGAACCAACUUUCGAGUUCUGCUGGUCAAGAUUCGCUCCGGGAAGAAAUCGGUGGAGAUGCACAACAAGAUUUACGCGAUUCCUCUUGAAGUGAUGCAGGGCACAGGAGAAGAGCUGUUUGACCACAUAGUGCACUGCAUCAGUGACUUCCUGGACUACAUGGGGAUGAAGACCGCAUGUCUUCCUCUGGGCUUCACCUUCUCCUUCCCCUGCCAGCAGACGGGUCUGGAUGCUGGCAUCUUGUUGACUUGGACCAAAGGCUUCAAGGCGACGGGCUGCGAGUCUGAAGACAUUGUUGGACUGCUGAGGGACGCCAUUAAGAGAACCGAGGAGUUCGAGCUGGAUGUGGUGGCCAUCGUUAACGACACAGUGGGAACCAUGAUGACCUGUGCCUACGAAGAGCCCACCUGUGAGAUUGGACUCAUUGCUGGAACCGGCAGUAACGCCUGCUACAUGGAGGAGAUGAGGAACAUUGAGAUGGUCGAUGGUGAUCAGGGACGCAUGUGUAUCAACAUGGAGUGGGGAGCUUUUGGAGACAACGGUUGCCUUGACGACUUCAGGACGGACUACGACCUGGCUGUGGAUGACCUCUCUCUUAACGUUGGAAAGCAAAGAUAUGAGAAGAUGAUCAGCGGCAUGUACCUUGGUGAGAUCGUGAGGAACAUCCUCAUAGACAUGACCAAGAGAGGCUUCCUGUUCAGAGGGCAGAUCUCUGAAACCCUGAAGACCAGAGGCAUCUUCGAAACAAAGUUCCUCUCACAGAUCGAGAGUGACAGGUUGGCUUUGCUGCAGGUGAGAACCAUCCUGCAGCAUUUAGGACUGGACAGCACCUGUGACGACAGCAUCAUUGUCAAGGAGGUGUGUGGAGCGGUGUCGCGGCGCGGCGCUCAGCUGUGCGGCGCCGGGGUGGCAGCUGUCGUGGAUAAGAUACGGGAGAACCGGGGACUGGACCACCUGAAGAUCACUGUGGGAGUGGACGGCACACUCUACAAGUUACACCCACAUUUCUCCCUGAUCAUGAAGCAGACGGUCAGAGAUCUGGCUCCGAAGUGCAGCGUCACCUUCCUGCUGUCUGAAGACGGCAGCGGCACCGGAGCCGCUCUCAUCACAGCGGUGGCCUGCCGCUUGAGGAAAGAGGUCAAGAGUAAAAAAUAACAACAUAUCAGGCAGCGUAUGGCUUUCAGUCCACUGCAGCCAACCUCAGCGCCUCACACUCCAGCUGCUACUUCAUCCAUGUGUCUUCCUGAGACAGAAAGGGGAACGUCGUCCUCUUUCUCUGCUGUUUGGCAGCAGAGGUGAUCCAUUUUAAUUAGACUAUAUCUAUCGGCAUCCUGCCUCUUUAGGGUGUAAUUUUGUGAUUUCAAAGGUUAAUUAUAAUUAAUUAUAAGCAUAAAACAUCUGUCGAAACAUAAAUAAAUCUAAUAAAAUAUAUAUAUUACCCACGCUUGGUUGCGCCUCUGUCUCCACCUGGUGGAUUCCUCUUGUUACUGCAUGCAGGCGGUUUUCCUAUCAGCUUUAUUUUGUUACACAUCCAGGACUUUAAGCAGUUCAAACCAGAGUGGGUCUGUUUGGAGCCUUUACUAUUUUUACAGGAUUAUUUAAAGAGAUCUGAUGGAGAAGGAAGGGAAUAUUUGUGCUUCAGGUUUUAAUGUCUCACCCAGAUAAGAUGCAGUGUGUUCAGCAUUGUUGUUAUUUAUUUUAUUACUAUGUUUAAAAAUAUUACUGCUGCAAAUAUGAUGCGCACACAACUCGCCACUGGCUAAUUUCCCCUCCCUGAAUUUUUCCUGUGCACAAAAACCUUCAUGUUAUGUCUCUGCUCUGCUCUCUGGCUGCAGCUUAUCUGCAGCCUGGUGUAAACAAUUCAUGCUGCUGGUGCUAAUCGCAGCUGCUAGAAAAGCCGCAAGAGCGAAGUGCCAACACAGUGGGGAAAAAAUAACCAAACUGUGCAACAUACAUUUAUGAUAUAUGAAUCUACCCCUACUUUAUAAAGUAGUUUUUUUUUUUCUUAUAAAAGUCUCAGGAAAGUUUUAAGGUUGUUCUGCAACCUUAAGAUUCUUUGAAAUCUCUGACUAAAAGCAAAAAGAAAUGCUUGGAUAUUUUAAAGUGUGCAUAUUCCACUGUAGAAACUGUCCAGGUAUUUGAUCAGUUGUUAAAAAAUUUUGACUCUGUAAGUGGAACUUUUUCUGUUUUCUGUCCUGUUGGUUGAGUUUUGCUGUUUUAAAACCAGUUCUCUGUCUGUGUUCCUGUCCUGUUGUCCGUCUGCCAACUCCGGUGAGGCAUCCAGGUGUUUUUCUUACUUUGGUCUGCAAAACCCAGACUGGACAUGUUGCACAUUGUCAGUCUGACUCUCAAUAAAUUGAACCUCAAUUCAUCUGAAGCAGCGGUUUUCAGUUGGUAUUUGCUCGAUCGGUUUCAUUUCAUUUAAUUAGAUUUUGAAAUUCAAUGUUUUUGACACAAAGGAGUGCAUGAUUGUAAAGAGGACGCAAAAUGGCACACGGUUUUCAAUUUUUCCAAAUAAAAAUCUAAAAAGUGUGGUGUG